AUGCAAGCGUCUAGUAAUGCCUUUGGAGGCAUUGGCGAACUUAAUGAUGUAAUGGACGAUGCAGGUUACAGAAAAUUUGAUAUCCAUGAAGGCAUUCUAUUUUGCGUUGAGCUAUCGGAAACCAUGUUUAAAGAAUCCCAAGAACUAGAUUACAAGUCACCAUUAUUGGAAAUUUUAGAAUCAUUAAAUGAAUUAAUGUCACAAUUGGUCAUUACAAGACCCGGGACAGCCAUUGGUUGCUAUUUCUAUUACUGUAGUAGGGAUGAUGCUAAGCAAGGUAUUUUUGAGUUUUCUCCACUGAGAGAUAUAAAUGCUACGUUUAUGAAGAGGCUGAACGAUCUUUUAGAAGAUUUGUCAUCGGGGCGAAUGACCCUAUAUGAAUAUUUCAACUUUCAACCGACCGAGAAACAAAGACAAAUGCCUUUAGGCGUAUUAUUCACCUUCAUGCUUGACACCUUUUUGCAAGACAUUCCAGGACAAAGACAAUUAAGCAGCAAAAAAGUAUUUUUAUUCACUGACAAUGAUAUACCCCAAGAAGCGCAAGACACUGAUGACAGAGCAAGAUUGAGAAGCCUAACAAUCGAUUUAUUCGACAACAAAGUGAACUUUUCAACCUUUUUUAUUGGUUAUGCUAAUAAAUCCUUCGAUAAUGAAUUUUAUUCGGAUAUUUUACAGUUAGGCUCUCAUACGAAUAAGGGUGUUGGUUUAAAUUCGGAAUUCGACGGUCCAAACACAAAGCCUAUAAACGCCAAGUACAUCAAAUCCAAAAUUUUAAGGAAAAAAGAAAUAAAAAGAAUAAUGUUUCAAUGUCCCUUGAUGUUUGGUGAGAAUGAAGAUUUCACUGUUGGAGUAAAGGGUUAUACCAUGUACAGUCAUGAAAAAGCUGGAGUAAGGUAUAAACUCGUAUAUGAGCAUGAGGAUGUCAGACGGGAGGCUUUUUCAAAAAGAAAAUUUUUGAAUCCAAUGACAGGAGAAGACGUUACUAGUAGUACUGUUAAAGUGUAUCCAUACGGAGAUCUGGAUAUUAAUUUUUCAGAGAAUCAGAAUCAGAUUGUCAUGGAGGCUUAUACUCAAAAGGAUGCAUUUUUAAGGAUCAUUGGGUUCCGUUCAUCGAGCAAAGCGAUACAUUACUUCAAUAAUAUAGAAAAAAGUGCAUUCAUUGUCCCGGAUGAGGCAAAAUACGAAGGCUCCGUAAGGACAUUGACUUCUCUAUUCAAAACUUUAAGGAAGAAAGAUAAAAUUGCUAUACUAUGGGGAAAACUUAAAACAAAUUCCCAUGCUUCACUAUUUGUAUUAUCUCCUUCAAGCAUUAAAGAAUACAAUGAAGGGUUUUAUUUAUAUAGAGUCCCAUUCUUAGACGAAAUUAGAAAGUUCCCCAGCUUGCUAUCUUAUGAUAAUGGCGAGAAAUAUAAAUUGGAUUAUGAGAACAUGAAGAAAAUUACUCAAAAUAUAAUGGGAUAUUUUAAUUUAAAAGAUGGGUACAACCCGUCUGAUUUCAGGAACCCAUCAUUACAAAAACACUUCAAAGUCUUGCAUGAUUACCUGCUACAAAUUGAAACUACACCCGAAGGGAACGAGACACCUGACGCUAAAUUAAAUAGAAUAAUACAUGAGGACGAUUCCUUGCGGAAAUUGUAUCAUAUACGAAAUAAAAUUCUAGAUUCUGAAAAAUCAGAAGAUCCAGCCAUUCAAAGAUUGAAUAAAUAUGUUAAAAUUUGGAACGUGUUUUACAAUAAAUUCAAUGACGACAGUAUUUCAGUCAAAGAAGAAAAGAAACCGCUCGAUAAAAAGCCUAAAUUCAACAUAUAG